AUGGGGAUGAAGCGAUGCAUCGUUCCUAGCAUCUUGCUGAUGCUUUCACUGGAGGCGGCCCUCCUCAUCGCCGACCGCCCCUCUGUAGACGACGAGGUGGGUACCAUUCUCCUGCCGAGCCAAGGCCAAGUUGCAGACCAGCAAGCAGCCAUGGCGGCGCCGAGGCCGUGGAAGUGCUGUGACCGGCCGCGGUGUACCAGGUCCAUCCCGCCGAUCUGCACCUGCGUGGACGAGGCGUUCGAGUGCGCCUCCACCUGCAAGGCAUGCGUGCCGUCGACGCGGAACCCGUCCCUCCAGGUCUGCCAAGACCAGUACGUCGGCGACCCCGGGCCUAUAUGCCGGCCGUGGGAGUGCUGCGACUCGGCGGCGUGCACCAAGACAGACCCGCCGACGUGCCGCUGCGGGGACGAGGUCGAGCAGUGCGCUCCCACCUGCAAGAGCUGCGAAGCGUCCACGUCGAACCCGUCCCUCAACGUCUGCAAGGACGCGUUCACCGGGGCCAUCCCGCCCACAUGCACGCCGCCAGAGGCUCUUGCCGCCGGCGGUAACUAG